CGAUAUUACCAAGACAACACAGCAAUUUACCUCCACUCAACCUGGUUCGCUUCAAUCAGCAGGCUCCGAUACUGUACUGUAGUUGUCGUCCCUGUCACCAAAACGACGCUCUGGUACAAACCGGCCGGCUGGCACCCAACAAGUGCCGCGUACAUACAGGCCCACCUUGGACAAUUGAUUCGGUGACGACAACUGGCGGGACAAGAACAAAUUCAAUUUGUCUACCUACCUAACCUACUUUUUGAUCGGGAGAGGGGCGGGCGCGGCUGUGCUUGGAACAAAACGCGCCAAAUUCAAACGGGAUAACAAUAAGCUUUCGUUUCCAACCUAAACCCUCGACGUCGUCGUCCGCGCGCAUCGCACUAAUUUUGCACUGCCCGCGAGGUUUUGUGAGCAAAGGGAAAACGGGUACCUACCUUACCUACCUUUACCUGCUCUGCUUGCCUUUUGGUUAGCCUGCUCACCUCAGGUAUCUCGUCCAACCUAAACAAAAAAAAAAGUCUUCCCUACAUCACAUCCGUAGGUAUUCAAACUAGGCAUUUGACGAGGUACUCAUAUCCUGAUACAAAGGUACAUACAACUUGGGUACCUUAUCUUGAGUCCUUCAUUGUAUUUCGGAUUCAGAAAUUUUGUGCAGGACCAACCGAGAGAAAGUUCAUAAUCUCGAAAAGGCCCCAACUGAUUUCAAUCAAACGACACAGCAAGCGUGCAGGAGCACGGGUGUCCCAUCCCUCUUGGGGCCCUCGUCCAGCACGCUUGCGGUCAUUUAUUAAAAAGAUAAAAAGAGGAAAGAAAGAGAAAAGAGAAAAAAAAAAAAAGAAAGAAAAAGGAAAAACAAAGCGGUCAUUUGUGGUAUCCCGGGGGCGGUCCUCUUUCUCCCCCCGCAACGCCAUGAGCCGCAGCAGCAUUAGCAACAGCAGUCGUCGCGGCAGCACCACGGGCGGCGGCAGCAGUAGCGACACGGUCGGGUAUCUGCUGGCCGGUAUCGCGACGGCAUUAAAUGAUGGAUUACGGAUCAUGCAUUUUGCGGAUAAGCGUGGAUGGGGUCCCGACGAGUUUGAGCAGGUGCGUGCUCUCGAUGAGGCAUUGGAUGAAGCCAAGGCCGAUUUUCAGGCCAUGGGGCCGUUGGUCAAUGGCCAGUUCUUUUACGAAAGUGACCGGACCCCCAAAUCACUUGAUGAACUACGCACAUUACGAGCCAAGUUUCAAACACACUCGCAACUGUUCAAGGACUGGCUACGCACAGGAGGGCCCAUCAAUCCCCAAUGGGUUCUCAAGACGGGUGAGCUGCGCCGCGAGCUGCACCGUGCUCAGUGUCGUGCCGCCUGUCGCAUUUACGCCACCGGGCCUGGUCCCACCCGCUGCCUGGGCGCCUUUCAGGUCAGCCGGCACCAGCGCCAGAUGGAAAAGCAGCGGGCCGUAGGCACGGCGGCCGAGGCGGAAAGUAUGCUGAGGAUUGCGGGAGACCCCGAACUCGGCCUCAGCCUUGAGCCGCAGGUCAUCAUAUCCCCGGAUGGUGACGAGAGGUGGAGGCAUGAGAACGGUUACCCUGGACUCAACGGAGUGCCAGAAGACGGGCACGGCGGGAGGAAACUGGAUGGCCUCGAGGCGCUGGUGCCAGUUUGCAACACUGUGGGCAAAUUCGAGCGCUUCGGCGACAGAGACAUCGCCUUUGUGUGUGACUACUGCGACGGCUUCAUAGUUUGGGAGGAUUUGGGCAAGAUGCCGGCAACACGAAUUCCAAUUGCAAAGUCCACAGCACAACAGCCAAGACCGCCGACAAAUUCCGUCACUAUCGCCGCAAUACCUGCAACGCUGCUAGAUCGGGGCCAACCAGAAUGGCAAGCACAAGCCCGCAGUGUGUCCUCGGGCGAGGAAGUGACGAUAGUAUUUGCGCCCGUUGCCAUCGCGAACCAUUUAAUUCCAGACAUUGGCGACUGGCAGGCGCCGCUUUUGUGCCCGUACUGCGACGAGUAUACAUAUGUCGGCGGGGACGAUGGGGACGAUGACGGCGAGACGAAAUACGCGCAAGACGAAAAGGGCUUCCCGGACUUAAAGACGUUCCAGGAGCACCUCGAAUGGUAUCAUGGCGGUGGCGUGGUGCCCAUGCCCACGGCACCGACCAAGAAGGACAACUGCAUAGUAAUGUAAUGGAUGUACAUGGAAAUGGCAUAUAACGACAAAACAAAGAUGAGGACGCUUCGGAACCGGGCCGGCGAACUUGUCGAAAUAUCUGGAUAAAUUCGGUACAUUUGGCACAAGAAUCAUCUGCUGAUCUUCUGUCACCUGAUGACUGCUUGUUUUUUCUUCUUAUUUUUUUCUCUCUUGUUCUUUCAAUGGCGAUAUACCCAUUUGUAUGGUAGGUCGGGGUGAUACAUCCUGUACAUGGUGUGGAUGCUGCCCAAGCUGCCAUUUACUUCUCGGCAGAUUUGCAGUUAGUUGGAUAGUCUGAGUUGAUGAUGACUCGGUCCAAAGAACUACCUUGAUGAUAAUUAUGAGAAAUUCAAC